AUGGUUGAGCCACAGAUUCCUGAAACAGCAUGGUCCAUCGUGGUCUGCCUUGAAAAAGAAUCAGAGGCUAGACGAUUCCUCGCAGACGGCUUUUUCCGCGCUGGAGAACUAUCGGGGAGAACUGCAGUUUUCGAACCUAGCGAGCGGCCCAACCAGUGCUAUAACUGCCAAGAACUGACGGAUCACAAAGCAUACCAGUGCAAGAAACCGCAGCUAAAUGUGCGGAAACGAGGCGAAGUGCAUGACAGUUUGAUGAACGAUGAAGAUAUUCGAGAUGCAGCAGUAGUAGCGAUUCAGGAACCACAGGCAAGGAUAAUAAAGGGUCGGCUGCUGACUACCCCAAUGGUACACCACAAGUGGGUGAAGAUGGUACCAUCGGUCUGGAAGGAAGAAGGUAGAUGGGCUAUCAGAAGCAUGCUGUGGAUUGCAAAAGAUCUAGAUGCAGAGCAAGUCCCCAUUGAGUCCUCGGACAUGACGGCGGCACUUGUACGCAUCUCCGAUCGCGUGCUUCUGGUGGUUUCGGUGUAUGUGGAAGGUCAUGACGCGCAGGCGCUAGUUAACACGUGCGAUACACUGCGCAAGUUGAUACAGGAUGCUAGGCGUAAGGAGGGAGGGGUGGUAGGCAUGGUAGUUAUGGGUGACUUCAAUCGGCAUGAUCAGUUGUGGGGGGGAAACGAAGUCUCCAUGGUGAGACAGGGCGAAGGAGAUGCAAUUAUUGAUUUGAUGAACGAACUCUCGUUGCACAGUCUACUGCCGCGUGGCACCAAGACAUGGCAAAGCGGGGAGCAUGAAUCAACAAUCGACCUCGUGCUUGCGUCGGGCGAGCUGGCUGAGGGGGUAAUCCGGUGUGGGCUUUACAAGACAGACCAUGGCUCGGACCACUGCACGAUUGACACGGUUUUUGACGCGGCGGUACCCGCCAUGGAGCAACCUAAACGUCUCCUUUUCAAGAACGCAACCUGGAAGAAAAUUAAUGGGAGGAUCGAGGAGGCGCUGAAGAAGCUGCCAGAAGAAGGCACGGUGCAACAAAACACAGACAGACUGAUGACCGUGGUGUUAGAAGCGGUUCAUGCGCUCACACCAAGGGCGAAACCGUCUCCAUACACAAAACGAUGGUGGACGUCAGAUCUUACUCAACUGCGCCGAGUAUAUACGCACUGGCGCAACAAAGCGAGAUCAGUAAGGCGAGCAGGGUGCAAUGGGGAAGAACUCGAAAGAACGGCCAGAGCAGCGGCGAAACAGUAUCACGAUACCAUCAGACAGCAAAAGAAGGCUCACUGGGAUGAAUUUCUGGCGGAUAAUGACAAUAUAUGGAAGGCAGCCAAAUACCUGAAGUCAGGCGAUGGGUCGGCAUUUGGUAAGGUGCCGCAACUCGUACGAGCUGACAACACAACAACCACCACUGUCGAGAAACAAGCCGAAGAGCUUCUUUCGACCUUUUUCCCACCCUUGCCGGGUGACAUUCAGGAUGAAGCAGAAGAGUCACAGCGGGGGCCAGUACCCAUGCCAGAAAUCACGAUGGAAGAAGUGGAGAGACAAUUGUUCAGAGCGAAGUCGUGGAAAGCGCCAGGUGACGAUGGUCUACCGGUGGCAGUGUGGAAAGAAAUUUGGCCGUCGGUCAAACAGAGGGUGCUUGGGCUUUUCCAAGCGUCUCUCAUCGAAGGAGUCCUGCCAGACCAAUGGAGACAUGCCAAGAUUAUCCCAUUGAAGAAACCAGGAAAAGAGAACUACACGGUGGCGAAGGCGUGGAGACCGAUUUCACUGUUGAUGAUGAUUCGGGGGCAGGCGGUCAUGCCAAAAGAUCCUGUUAAAAUUCUGGGCGUCAUUAUGGACUCACGCCUCAAGUACAAGCAGCACAUCGCACGAGCAUCAACAAAAGGGCUUGAAGCGGCCAUGGAACUGAAACGACUGAGAGGACUUUCUGCCGCGACAGCAAGACAACUAUUUACAUCCACGGUGGUUCCGUUAGUCGACUACGCAGCCAGUGUGUGGAUGCACGCAUAUCAGGACAAAUUAGUCGGGCCUAUCAAUCGGGUUCAAAAAGCGGGCGCACAAGCGAUUGUGGGGACGUUCCUCACGGUCGCCUCAGCAGUAGCAGAGGCGGAAGCCAAUCUUGUGAGCGUUGGAGAGCGACUUUGGAAAAGGGUGAUUAAAAUGUGGUUGGCGAUCCACUCGUUGCCGGACACCAAUCCAUUACGGCGAGUGACGUCGCGCAUGAGAAAGUCCUACGCCGCGUUCCGAUCACCUCUGUACCAGGUAACACGCAGGUUGCGAGAUGUGCCGACGGACGAAUUGGAAACUAUUUUACCGUUUGCAAUAGAACCGUGGAGAAAGAGGAUGGAGGCUGAAGGGGAUGGCAAGGCCGACAAGAAUCUGUUAGUGGGAGGAGAUGUAGUUGUGGCAGCGAGCAGCUCCGCACGCAAUGGCGCAGUUGGUGUGGGAGGAGUUAUUCAAUGUUCAGUCACACCACAACGGAGUGUGAGACGGGAGACGUUCUCGUUCACUCUAGGGCCAAGAGCAGAGCAGAGCCCAUACUCGGGAGCGUUGGCAGCCAUGGCAUAUGUGCUAAGGCAUAUACCCAGUGAUUGCAGGCGUGUAUCGAUUCUGACAAGAAACAGAGCUGCUGUGCAGUCGUUAAUGAAUCCGCAUCAGCAGUCAGGACAAGAAUUCAUUCGCUGCAUAUACGACUCGAUACAGGAGCUCCAGGAGAAGGGAACCGUUACCUCGGUCAUUUGGGUACCGUCAGAAAGCGACGAGGAGCUCCUCAAAGCUGCGAAGAAGAAAGCCAAGGAAGCUACACGAGGGAGCGACACCUGA